GCUAUUUGAGUUCUCAAGUGCGUCAUAAUAUCCUGUCAUGGCGGCUCUACUUGGGAAGAAGUGCGCGUCCCCGGUUAUUCUCAAAACGCUUUCAGCUCCUCAGUUGUGGAUGCAAUGUGGGUAUCACAAAAAGGUUGUGGACCACUAUGAGAACCCAAGAAAUGUAGGGUCUUUGGAUAAAAAUGCCAAGAAUGUGGGCACAGGGUUGGUUGGUGCCCCUGCUUGUGGAGAUGUGAUGAAACUGCAGAUCGAGGUGGAUGAGGCUGGGAAGAUUGUGAAUGCCAAGUUCAAAACCUUUGGCUGUGGUUCUGCUAUUGCUUCCAGUUCCUUGGCUACUGAGUGGGUAAAAGGCAAAUCUAUUGAUGAAGCCCUCAAGAUAAAAAACACUGAGAUUGCUAAGGAGCUUAGCCUUCCACCAGUCAAACUGCACUGCUCAAUGCUGGCUGAGGAUGCCAUUAAAGCAGCUUUGGCAGACUACCGUCUGAAACAGGAAGGUAAACCGGGUGAGAAGACCACCAUGGCCCGCAACUAGGAGGCGUACUUGAUCCUCUAUUGUAAUAAAUCUCACCUUGUA